AAAAGGGCGUCCAGCGCAUGGUCUGUACCAGUUCACUUCACAUCGCCUGGGUGUACGCACGCUUUUCAUCCAUUCUCAUCCUCCCCCUUGAACAAACCACGCCAAAAUGAACCGUGCUACCAAGUCCGGAAUCGCUGCCGAGGCUCAGGCUAAGGUUAACGCAAAGUACAGCGAAGAGCAGGCCGCCGAGUGCUUGGACUGGAUCGCCGAAAUCACGGGCGCCGACAUUAGCAAGUCUGGAGACGCCGACAAUUUCUACGAGAUCUUGAAGAACGGACAGCUGUUGUGCCAGGUGAUUAACGCCCUCAAGCCCGGUCAGAUCAAGAAGAUCCAGACCUCCGCCAUGGCAUUCAAGUGCAUGGAAAACAUCAACGCCUUCGUGGAGGGAGCUAAGGCCUGCGGCGUGCCCACUCAGGAGACCUUCCAGACCGUCGACCUCUGGGAACGACAGAACCUUAACUCUGUUGUUAUCUGCUUGCAGUCUCUGGGCAGGAAGGGAUCUCAGUUUGGAAAGCCUUCCAUUGGCCCAAAAGAGUCUGAGAAGAAUGUCCGCCACUUCACCGAGGAGCAGCUCAGGGCUUCUGAGGGCAUUGUCAACCUGCAGUAUGGCUCCAACAAGGGUGCCACUCAGUCUGGCAUGUCCUUUGGCAAUACUCGCCACAUGUAAAAGCACUCUUUGUAGACUUUCACUUUCACUUCAUUUUUUAAAAAAAGUAGUUCAACAUAAUUCAUCAUGCUUCUAAUAUGUUCCAGUAAAUGAUAGCGGGGAGGAUUUCUUUUAUAUAUAAAAAUAAAAACAGAAAAAAAUGUAUUGGCAGUGGUAUGUCUAGAACAGGAAUUUUUACAACUGCCGUGUCUUAGGCAAAGAAACGAACGUAAAAAAGAAUGAAAUCAGAUAUGUAUCACUUGUCCAAUAGGUUGCUACAAUUUUUAUUUCAUUGCAUAGGAACUGGUAAUAAUGAAGCUAAGUCUCAAGGCCAGAGAAAAUGCUUAAAGUUCUCACUGAAACCAGGAAGAAAUAUUUUCAUGCAAGCUGAUGAGUAGCACCAUUGGCUCAUUUCCAAAUUGACACAUUUUCAAUACACAUCACAUUUUUGUUUUACUGAAAACUAAAGGCGUAGAUACAAUAUCAAAGAAAAAUUAUCCAUCCAGGCUUUUUUCAUAUUUUACUAAUUUGUAAGCUUAUUAUAGUACAAUUUAUACAGAUAUAAGUGUUAUACAUUAUGCAGUAUAAAAUGUAUUUAAAUAAUGUUAUUCUAUGAAAAAGAAAUUCAUAUAUAUGAAAAGUAUUCCUUAUUUAUCGUAGUUGCAGCUCACCUGUAGCAAUAUAGUGAAAUGAAUAUUGUUUCAUUUUUCUUUUUUUUUUAUUGGAGUCAUAUUCUCUUUAUUUUACUUUACCAUUGUAUGUGUGGUAUGAAGUUUUAUUUUCUUUUCCAAAUAGAGAAAUUAUAGUCUUGUUUGAGCUGUCACAUUCCAGUUUGAGAGAAAUUUUGUAUGGAAAUGAAAUAAAAAGUUCAAAACUG